CUUCAAUUCAAAAUUAUAUUUCGCGGUUUACCAAUGCUUUCGACUCUAUGUGUUAUGAGUGUGUUGAGGCAGUGUGGUAAUCAAGUUCAGACUGCGAAUCAAAAGAAAAACCCCAGUUGAAUCUUAUUGAAUACAUCCCGAACAUCCACGAGUGUGAUGCGGCAGCAGCAAAUCACAGCAAUCGAUCAGAGAUUAAAGCCAGCAGCCAGUAAGCUACUUGGAUGGCCGACUUUUCUUAUCAUCCUUCCUACUACUCCUCCUCCUUUUUUCAUCCCUUCACUCUCUGACACUUUUUUCGUCUCUGCUUUCAACAUCCAUAUACCAGCAUUCCUCAUCCCCCAUACUUCCCUUCAGCUUUUGACAUAACCUCUCCUUAUCGACCGGUAGUCUUUCGUUAACUACCAACCUCCCACACAUGUCCUCCUUCCCGAAACACUCUUUCGAGCAGGCGUACGACCAUGCCUUCCCUCCAAGUCCUCCCUCCGCACAUUCACACCAUAAUAACCACCAUAAUCGACGGACAGAAGACGGAUUAGGCACCAUCUCCGAGCGAUCGCCUCUGAUCACCAAGGCGCCUCUUGGCUCGACCUCAUUCACCAACCACAACGAUCCCGCAUUAUAUACCUCAAACGAUUCUUCGUCAUCCUAUGCCGCUGUCGCUGCUGCUGGUAAUCAGUACGACGGGAGACUGCCCGGGAAUGCAGCGAGGCAUGAUAAGGCCGCUAGCUCGACAGAGACGCUCCUGGACCCCAACGGAGGACAUGGACAGGAAGACGAUGGAGAAAGCGGCAGGAGCGAGUAUUACUUAUCGAUCCGGGAGUUGACGAUAAGGGAGUUCAAGAUUUUGUUGAAGUAUUCGGGUCCGGUCGUCUUGACGUAUGUGUUGCAGAACUCACUGCAGCUCGCUAGUUUGAUUUCUCUCGGACAUCUUGGAUCCAUUGAAUUGGCUGCUUCGUCGUUGGCGUCAAUGUUCGCGGCGGUGACAUGUUGGUCUGUCUCUCUCGGCACCGCCACAGCACUCGACACGCUCUGUUCACAGUCCUACACCAGUCAUCACCCCCACACUCUCGGACUACACCUUCAACGUGCGAUUCUCGUCCUCAUGCUCCUCUUCAUCCCAAUCGCCGGCGUCUGGCUCUCGUCUGAAUACAUCUUCAUCCUUCUCGGACAGGAACAGGCCCUUGCUGAACAUGCGGCUAUCUUCUUGAAGGGUCUCCUUCCCGGCGCUCCAGCAUUCCUGAUCUUUGAGUGCGUGAAGAAAUACCUCCAGGCCCAGGGAAAUAUGCAUGCGUCGACCUAUGUGCUGCUGAUCGCGUCCCCGAUUAACGUGGUCCUGAAUUAUGCGCUCGUGUGGCAUAAGUAUAUUGGAAUCGGAUAUAUCGGCGCGCCAAUUGCAACAAGUAUCUCGUACUGGAACAUGCUGCUCCUUUUGUUGCUCUACAUCAAGUUCGUGGAUGGAUCCCAGGGCUGGGGAGGAUGGACGCGCGAAUGCUUGACAGGCUGGCCGUCGUUCUUGAAGUUGGCGUUGCCGGGCGUGAUGAUGGUCUGCACGGAAUGGUGGGCAUUUGAGGUCGUGUCCUUGGCGGCUUCCUAUCUGGGCACGGUUGCAUUGGCGGCUCAGUCGGUUGUAGUGCAGACAUCAGGAUUGCUAUACACGAUCCCGUUCGGAAUCUCGAUUGCGGCUUCGAAUCGAGUGGGCAACUUGAUCGGAAUGGGCGAUGCCAGGUCUGCGAAGGUCUCGUCAAGAGUCUCGAUUGCGCUCGCGAUUAUCUUUGGCAUGGUAAACUCGACCACGCUGAUCAUUUUCAAGGACCGAUGGGGCCGACUAUUCAGUGAGGACGCAGAUGUGGUCAAGACUGUGGCCAUGGUCUUGCCGUUGGUGGCCUUGUUCCAGAUCAGCGACGGAUUGGCGGGCGUUGGAGGAGGAGUUUUGAGAGGUGUCGGACUUCAGCAUCUGGGAGCGUAUCUGAACCUGAUUGCCUAUUAUUUGGUGGCCUUCCCGUUGGGGUAUGUGAUGGCGUUCACGAUGGGAUGGGGACUGAAGGGGUUGUGGUCAUCAUUGUGUGUGGCCCUCUGGAUGGUCGGAUUGGGAGAGCUAUGGGUGAUUUAUAAGACAAAUUGGGAGUCCGAGGUCGUGAAAUGCAAGGCGAGGAAUGAUCUUUUGGCGAAGCGGAGGAGCUCUAUUUGCGAAGCCGAGGCGCUCGAGGAGGAGCGAAGGAUGUUGAUCGCCUAGGCUAGACACAUAUAUAUAUACAUACACAUAGAACCACUCAUAUCAUUAAAUAACCAUAAGCAU